AUGCAUAAAAACGAUGCUGCAGUGGAACUACCUACCAGUCGCAUUGCUUGUGUAGUUGCGACUCACUGGAUGGUUUUCCUUUCGUCCACGCUGAAUUUCGCCCGUGGACCCAACGGGGGAGCUCAUAUUGGGCUCGUUAUGGUGAGAAGAAGAAGAGAAGAGGAGGCGAAGGUGGAGGAGAAAGAGAAGGAAGAGGACAAGAACGAGGAGGUGGACGUAGCUCAACAAGCUGAUGGGAGACACAGAAGCUCGCUAGUGACUAAUGUAGAGGGUGGUUUGCUGGUGGCUGACACAGAGGGUGAUGGCUUACAUGGAGAGUGUUGGGGUUCGGUCCCAGAGAUCGGCUGUGCCGGUACGUACUUUCAGAAGCCGAAGCCAUUUUCAGAUGUUGUGGCGUUGUCAGGCUUCACUGAGAGAUGCAUGAGCCACUCCAGAAUUGUCCAUAUAUCAGACCCCACUCUCCUUCAACCCUUUCAAUUCCCAUCUUUUCUUCUCUUUACAUCCAUCUUUCUCUCUUUGCCUAACAUGAACAACACCUCCACCCACGACUUCAUGAACGUAGAUUCCUUCUCUCAGCUUCCCUUUCUCCGCUCCUCUCCUUCCAAAGAUAAAGACAAAUCCAUUCGUCUCUUUGGCCAGGAUUUCUCCCACGCCCCCAAAACCACCCAUACACCCUCCGACAACCACCACAACCACACCAUCAACACACAAAACGCCGAGCCCACCCGCAGAUUCGAGUGUCAUUACUGUUGCAGAAACUUUCCUACUUCUCAAGCCUUAGGCGGCCAUCAAAACGCCCACAAACGAGAACGCCAACACGCCAAACGACACCUCCACUCAGCCAUGCUCGACACCACCCUCCUCUCCGAUCCUACCACCUACGCUUUCACAAACCCCACCUUCAGUUCUUCCACAGUCUCUUAUUCCUCUCACACAGCUUGGGAUUGUAACGCUGCUAGCGGAAGGUUCUAUGGAAGCUACUAUCCUCACCUGCUUCAACCCAUCAAUGGAAGCCCCUUGGGCGUGUGGCGAAUCCCCAACGCCACUGCAGCCACUCACACCCACCACCAGAGUAACCCUAUUUUACACCGUCAAUGCGCCUUGCCUUUGCUUUCUGGCCAGGAAAUGGUGAGGGCGAGGAUGGGUCCCUCCCCUUCUGGCUCGCAGUUUGGUUAUGACCUCAAACCCAGCGUAAAGGACCAUGUGAGUUUGGAUCUUCAUCUGUAACAUCAAUUUUACACACUUACACUGGUUUCUAUACAUGCCAAUAACAUCUCCUGCUCCCACAGGCUCUGAUGGUAUAUAUCAAAUUUGAGAAUUUUCAUCUGUUAUUGUUGGAUCUUUGUUCUAAUGAUGAUUCUCAUAUCGAUCACUGUUUUUAUAUAAUCUUCUUUCC